AUGAAUAUUAAUAUAAAGAAAUUAGAUGGUACAAUUUAUAGUAUUGAAGGUGUAACUUUAGAAACUACUGUACCAGAACUUAAAAAAUUAAUUGAAGCCAAAUCUUCAAUUUCAAUCCCACUUCAAAGAGUAAUUUAUAAAGGAAAAGUAUUACGUGAUGAUAAAACUUUGCAAUUUUAUAAUAUUGAAGAUGGAGUUACAUUACAUUUAGCAGAAAGAGCACCAGAAGCAAAUCCAUCACAAUCAAAUAGUGGAAGUAGUGGUAGUGGCAGUAGUAGUACUGAUAGUAUUAGUGGUGGUAGUAAUUCACCAAUUGAUAGUAAUAAUAUAUUGAAUACAGUGAUGAGAUCUAUUGGUCAACAACAGAUACCAUUUGAUACACAAAUUCGUAACUCAAUUGCAAAUAUAAAUAAUCCAUCAACAACUUUGAUCAAUGGGCCCAUUCCACCAGGUAGAGAUGGCGAACCAUACGAUCCACAAAGAGAGCCAUCGCACGAAAGAUUAUCAAACUAUAUUGAUUUAACAACACAAGAGAUCAAUACAUUGAUGACACGUAUGAAUGAAUUAAAUCAACAAUUGAGAAACAAUAAUCAAAUCACCGAUCCAACUCAAAGACAACAAAUUCAAACCGAUGCUGGUGCAUUGGGUCAAUCAUUAUCAAGAUUAUCAACCGCCACCAAUUUACUCUCUCAAUGUGUUAAUGCUUAUCGUCCAACCGACAGACCAAAUACCACCCAUUUUGUUCCUUCAGUCUCUCAAAUCACACUCAAUCUUGGCCCAAAUGGUAUUACACCACUCUCAACCACCACUACAACCACUCCUGCUGAUCUAUUAAAUUUCAAUGGUCCAAAUGGUCUUCCUGUACCAAUUCCUGGUAUACCAGGUUCUUAUAUUUCAGUGAUACCAGGUGGUGGAAAUUUAUCUCAACUCUUAUCAAAUCAAAAUACUACAACUAGAAGACAAACUUCAAGAAGAUCAAGAGAUCCAAAUUCAAGUGGUUCAUCAUCAUCAUCAUCAUCAUCAUCAUCAUCAUCUUCAUCAUCUUCAUCAUCAUCCUCUUCUUCAACUAAUACAACUAGUACAAGUAAUUCUUCAUCAUCAUCAUCAUCACCAACAACAACUACUACUACCACUACUACUAGAUCAUCAUCAUCACCAACACGAACAAGAACAAGAACAAGAACAUCAUCAACUUCUACAACAGCAACACCAAAUACAGCAGCACCAAAUAUUAAUCAAGAUAUUCCAAAUGUUAUUUCACAAACUCUUGGUGGUUUAUUCUCAUCAUUAAAUCAACAACCUGGUGAAAACCCUUUAGGUGGAAUCCUUCAAAGUGUGUUGGGUGGAAUUGGAGGUAUUUCAAAUAAUGGUGAUGGUAAUAAUAGUGGUGCACCAGAUCUUUCAAAUUUAUUAUCAAAUAUUUUUUCAAAUAUGCCAGGUCAACCACAAACAAAUUCAUCAUCGUCAUCAUCAAAUACUUCAUCAUCAUCUUCUUCAACUACUUCAUCAACUUCCACAAAUAACUCAACACCAUUCACAAGUAUAAUAAAUAAUUUACCAUCAAUUCUUUUGGGAUUCCAAUUAAUUGUAUCAGGCCAACGUGAACAAGUGCUUCGUGGUCAUAGAAAUAUUAGAGAUACAUUGGUUCAAGAGAUUUUAUCAGGAAACAGUUCACCAGAUAAUGUAGAUACCAUUGCCAAUAGCUUUAGCAAUACCAUUAGACAACAAACAAUGGAUACCACAUUAUCUUUACAAUUACAACAAAAUAUUAUCAAUAGAAACUAUCCAGAGAUUGCAUCGCAAGUCGCUCGUAAAUAUAUCAAUCGUUUCUUUGGUAUCUUUUUGGUUUCACCAGAUUCAGAGGAUUACAAUAUUCAACAAGAGAUGAGUAGUUUUAGCAAUCAAUUCGUUAGAGAGUUGGUAGAUUCUUUGGCAACUUGCUUUUCAAAUGGUAAAGAUGGUGCACUUGAAUUUCUAGAUUCAUUUGUAAAUCAAAAAGUUAUAACACAAAGUCCAAUGCUUGCACCAUUCUCUAGAAUGACAAGUGAAUAUCUUCGUGAUGUUUAUGAAUCCUCUCCACCACUUGAUUCAUUACCAUUAAUUAAUGUUAGUUUACCUGAACAACAACAACAACAACAAAAUAAUAACAAUAGAAAUACUACUACAACAACAACUACCACCACAACAACUACACCUUCAAGAUCUACAUCAUCGAAUAUUAUUCCACCAGAAUGGAUGGAAACAAUCGAAAUUGAUGAAGCAAGACAAUCAUCUGGAACAUCAAGAACACCAAGUGCAACUUAUUUUAAAGGAAAAAAGAAACCUACCACAAAUAAUAGUAAUAAUAAUAAUAAUAACAACAAUAACAAUAACAAUAAUAAUACUAGCGAUAUCAAUAAUAAUAAUAAUAACAAUAAUAAUAAUAACAACAACUCAACCAAUUCACCAUUCGAAACUGUUUUACAAAAUUCUACAGAAGGAACUCAAGUAAAAUAUGAAGGUAUUUAUUAA